AUGAGAGGAUUAGGUGAGAUGGCUUCAUUGGAGGUUGAAAAUGGGAGUGACUUCAAGGUUCAUGUGUUUUCAUCAUCCUCAGAGUUGCUUGAGAGCUUACAUGAGAAGUGGAGUUCAGUGAAAAAGCAACCAUACCCAGCAAUGUAUUCCAGUGUAUAUGGAGGAAUUAUUCUUGAUCCAGCAAUGAUGGUAAUUCCCAUGGAUGAUCACAUGGUUCAUCGAGGCCAUGGUGUGUUUGAUACGGCUGUCAUUCUUAAUGGACACCUAUAUGAGCUGGAUGUUCAUUUAGACCGCUUCUUAAGAUCAGCAUCAAAAGCAAGGGUAGCCUCUCCCUUCCCUCGGUCAACUCUUCGAAGCAUUCUUAUUCAAAUGACUGCAGCAUCUAAAUGCAAGAAGGGAACUAUAAGAUACUGGCUAAGUGCAGGUCCUGGAAACUUCCUACUCUCAUCUUCAGGUUGUCCAACUUCUGCAUUCUAUGCUGUGGUCAUUGAUGAGGACUUCUCUCAGCAAAAAGAAGGGGUUAAAGUGAUAACAUCCACUAUCCCUAUGAAGUCAUCUUUGUUUGCAACAUCAAAGAACGUGAACUACCUACCAAAUGUGCUCUCAGUAAUGGAAGCUGAAGAUAAGGGAGUAUUUGCCUCCAUCUGGAUUGAUGAGGAAGGCUAUAUUGCAGAGGGUCCAAAUGUGAAUGUGGCUUUCAUAAGCCAAGAUAAGGAGCUUAUCUUGCCUUUUUUUGACAAGAUCCUCAGCGGUUGCACUGCAUUGAGGCUUCUUCAGCUAGCUCCUAAAUUGGUUGAGCAAGGGCAAUUAAAAAGUGUUAAAACUGGAAAUCUUACUGUGGAGGAAGCCAAAGGUGCUGCUGAAAUGAUGUACAUCGGAAGCACACUUCCUAUAUUGCCAAUUGUUAUGUGGGAUGACCAACCCAUAGGAGAUGGGAAGGUGGGAGAGCUGACAAUGGCACUCUCUGAUCUGCUUUGGGAUGACAUGGUUGCUGGCCCUGCUACCCGGAGGAUCCCUGUUCCUUAUGAGGAAUGA